AUUACAUCUUCCAACUUGGUAUCAGCCAUUUUUUUUCCUUUCUUCGAUCCUCUCCCAUGGCUUCCAAAAGCUCUUUUCAUCCCGCUCUUGCGGUUACCUCUAUCAAAAACUUAAUUCCCCUCAUCCUUGACACCGAAAAAGUCCAAUAUUCUUCUUGGGCGGAACUCUUUAAGAUUACAGCCCGUGCUUACGAUGUUUUGGAUCACAUCAUCCCUCCGAAGAAAAUACCCACCACCACUUCCGCCGGCAAGGAUGAUGACACCGACGAUGACUCCGACGGUGCCACCGACUCCAUCGACCCUCUUCUCUGGGAUCGCUUGGACGCCGUUGUCCUCCAAUGGAUAUACGGCACCAUCUCCCCCGAUCUCUUACUUAACAUUCUUGAACCGGACUCUACGGCCAUGGAAGCAUGGACCCGAUUGGCCAACAUCUUUCAGGAUAAUAAGCACGCUCGCGCAGUGCAUCUUGAGGACAAAUUCUCUCACGUUCGUUUGGCCAAUUUUGCCUCUAUUUCAGCAUACUGCCAGCAGCUCCGCACCAUUGCCACCAAUCUUGCCAACGUCGGUGCUCCGGUUGAACAUAAUCGGCUGAUUUUGCGACUGGUCAACGGCCUCACCGCACCAUUUGCAACGGUUGCUUCCAUGAUCCAGCAAACGGUCCCUCUUCCAUCGUUCGAAAAUGCCCGAUCCAUGCUUCUCCUAGAAGAAGGCCGACAAGCACAUAGCAUUGAGCACGAGCCACCCUCAGCUUCGGCCCUUGCUGCCACCGUCCCACAAUCUGCUCCUACACCUUCUCCUGCUCCCCGUCCGCGCGGAGGAGGCCGAAGCAAUUCUGGACGCGGCAAAGGUCGCGGAAGGCAGUCUGGUUUCCGGCCGCAUGAUCAGUCCGCAUGGCCGCCACAUCCAGGAUCUCCAUGGGCCAUCCCUCCUUGGGCUGCUUGGAUGCAACAGUUCUGGCCCACACCCCCAUGUCCAUA